AUGACGGCAUUUUUUCCUAGUGUUCCCAACUGGAUUCAAGAUGCAAAGCAGGAGGAGGAAGAGACAGGCUGGAAAUUAGUCCCCAGACCAAGAGGCGAAGAGACCGAAAGUCAGGGAAAAUGCCAAUGUGAAAUAUCGGAGACCUCCUUCACUAAUGUGGACAAGCUGAGAACUCACACACUUUCUCAUACUGAGCAGAGACCGUACAACUGCCCUCAGCUGCACUGUGGCAAAGCCUUUGCUUCUAAGUACAAGCUAUAUAGGCAUAUGGCCACGCACUCUGCUCAGAAGCCUCAUCAGUGUAUGUACUGCGAGAAGAUGUUUCACCGGAAAGAUCACCUUCGCAACCACCUCCAGACCCACGAUCCCAACAAGGAGGCCCUCCACUGUCCUGAGUGUGGCAAGAACUACAACACGAAACUCGGCUUCAGGCGACAUCUGGCCAUGCAUGCAGCUGCUAGCGGUGAUCUCAGCUGCAAGGUAUGCCUCCAGACGUUUGAAAGUACCCAAGUCCUGCUGGAGCACCUCAAAGCUCAUUCUAGGCGGGCUUCUGGUGGAGCGAAGGAAAAGAAGCAUCCGUGCGACCACUGUGAUAGGCGCUUCUACACCCGGAAAGAUGUGCGGAGACACUUGGUAGUGCACACAGGGCGGAAGGACUUCUUGUGCCAGUACUGUGCUCAGAGGUUUGGGAGGAAAGAUCAUCUGACCAGGCACAUGAAGAAAAGCCACUCCCAGGAACUGCUGAAGAUUAAGACAGAACCAGUUGACAUGCUGGGUCUCCUAAGCUGCAGCUCAUCUGUCGCAGUGAAAGAAGAGCUGAGUCCUGUCCUGUGUAUGGCAUCCAGAGACAUGAUAGGUGGUAAGAGCUUCCCUGGCAUGUUGCCUGUGGGCAUGUACAGCACACAUCUCCAAACCAUGCCAAGCUCAGGGAUGCCCCAUUCUUUGGUUCCUAAUUCUCUUCCAAUGGGAAUGAGCUAUCCUCUGGAGUCUUCUUCUCCUAUCUCCUCCCCACCGCAACCUCCUCCAAAGUAUCAGCUUGGAUCUACCUCAUAUUUGCCUGAGAAACUACCCAAAGUAGAGGUGGACAGCUUUUUGUCAGACUUCCCUGGCAGCCUGUCUCUCUCAUCUGGUGAGCCUCAGUCCUCUUCGCCUCAGCCACCCCCCCUGGAUGAGGCUUUGCUUUCUAAGAGCCCUGCUAACCUUUCAGAGGCUCUCUGUGCUGCUAACAUGGACUUUUCUCAUCUUCUUGGCUUCCUCCCCCUAAAUCUUCCUCCUUGCAAUCCACCUGUAUCAUCAGGGGGGUUGGUCAUGGGCUACUCACAGGGGGAGACACAGCCACUGCUUACCACUUUGCAACAUCAACCUCAAGAAUCUCCCGGAGCUGGGGCCUCGCUGAACUUUGGGCCCCUUCAUUCAUUGCCCCCUGUCUUCACCUCCAGCUUGAGCACAACCACGCUGCCACGUUUCCACCAGGCAUUCCAAUAA